AUGAUGCAAAGCCUUGGACGAUACUCAAAACGAUUUCUCUUGCUCAGGAAAACACAGCCGAUUCAAUUCUCACGUACCCUAACGUCGGCGAAGCUGAAUGACACUUUAUAUAGUCGGGUCAUGGCGGUGGAAAACAGGUUCCUAUGGAGGGUUAAGGUUACACCUGUGCUUAACGAAUGGCUGAACCAGGGCAAUUAUAUAAACCCUACGGAUCUAAGAACCGUCAUCAUAGCUCUCUGCGAGUCUCAGCGAUUUGAUCACGCUCUCCAGGUUUCAGAGUGGAUAACAAAACAAGGGGUGUUCGAGAUAACCACUGAAGAUGUUGCAUCUCGGCUUUAUCUAGUUGAGAUCAAUUCAGGGUUAACCGAAGCAGAGAAGCUCUUCAAAAGCCUUCCUGAGAACAUGAAAGACGACUCAGUCUACACCACUCUCUUAAGCUUCUACACAAAAUCCAAGAAAACACGGCACGAAGCGGAAGCUACUUACCAGAAGAUGAGGGAGCUAAAUUUUCUCUCGAAACCUUACCCCUACUACAAGAUGAUUUAUCUCUACGGCCUUCUUGGAGAAACAAAUAUGGUCGACGAGAUUCUUAGGCAGAUGAAAGAGAACGGAGUCGACCAUGAAAAGAUUCUCACGGACAAUAAUGUUUUAAAGGCUUACGCGAGUGUCCCUGACGUGGAGGCAAUGGAGAAGUUUCUGAAAGGAAUAGAGGAUGAAACGCCGCCGUUUGUAUUAGUUUGGCAAACGGGAAUAAGCAUGGCAAAGGCUUACUUGAAAUGCGGUUCAAGUAGAAAAGCGAUAGAGAUGUUGCGUAGAACAGAACGAGUAGUUGAUGCAGAGUCGAGAGACGCAGCGAACAAGGUAUUAAUGGAGAUGUAUGGGCAGGCUGGAGCUAAACAAGAUGAGUCUCGCCUCUAUAGGCGUAUCAAUCAGAAGGCUAAGCAGGGACAGAGAAUGAGAGCAUGUCGAAGUAAAGGAAGUGGUGGACGAAGCUCUUUCCACCCGGGAUAUUACUAUGGUGGAUGUGGCGGUGGCUGUGGUGGUUGGGGUAGUAGCCGGGCUGAUGAUAACGGUGGUAUGGAUGGUAGCCGCGCUGAUGAUAACGGUGGUGUGGAUGGUAGCCACGCUGGUGAUGUCGACGGUGGUGGUGUCGGUGUUGAUAGUGACGGUGGGAUUGGUAGUGGCAGUGGCGGUGGAUGUGGUGGAUGUGGUGGUGGAUGUGGUGGAUGUGGUGGCUGGGAUUGA